CGACGCUAUCGCGUGCAACUGCAGCAUGGUUGUGGUACUUGGGAUAUAAAUGUAUACGAGCAACGUGUGCGCUUCGCGUUUCCGGCAUCCGCAAUUUUAUUCAAUGAUAUUGGCAGCUGGCACUGCUGAAGGGCAGCAAUGAUACACUAUAACCAGUUGUUGGGCGCUUUGUACGGAUACCGGAAGUCAAAUUAAUUUCACUUCAUCAGUUUUUUUUUACGAAAAGGUGCGCACCGGAAGAGGAUUUCGCCUGAUGUCCCAAAAAUGCGAACUCCGAACCGACACCAGAUCAUCUGUUACUGCUGGCAAGGAAUUAACAGCGAAUACAGUUACUAUUCCUAUUAAUCAAACCGGAACGAUGUCUCAGGAAGUCGAGGGAAUCUUGGUCGUGGUUAGCGAAAAGCGGGCAUAUGUUCGGGGACGGGGUUAUGAGGACGUUGUGAUACUUGGCGACACCAACAGUCGCGGCGCUAUUCACGGCGACAGAGUGCGAGUGAUCAUUCAGGAUCGGAAAGAGUUUCUUCCCAAACUGGAUUACUACUGGGACGAACUAGCGAAGAUAAUUAGGAUCGACAGCCUGGGAUCCGCUUUUUCUAAGCAAGAUAUUAUGGCUUCGCUGCUGUUUAACAAUGCGUAUUCGAAGCUGUCGGCGGAAGAAAGAAAAGAAGCGUUCUUGUCGCGGGUAGACGAUCAAACUGUUCAACAAAAAUGGAUGCAGAUCCUUCAGAAGCGAUGCAGAUUGGACGACUUGUAUACAUUCCCGGAACGUCUAUUCCAAAAAGUCGGAGAGAUAGUCAGUGUGACACAACCUGGAUCGAAUAAUGAUUUCCGCUAUGCUGUCGGUCAGUUGCAAGAGUUAGUGACUAGGCCAGGUUAUUAUAAAUUGGAGCAAACUUGCUUUUCUACACCAUGGAAAGGGGAUGAACUGCCCCGGCACGUAAUUGCACCAGAUUUACUGCAACGGAUCAAGAGCUCCUUGGUUUUUGUGGAGUUACAAACGAUACAAAACCAGCAACAAUGUCGCAUUUCCGAUUUGGGUGGGUCCGAUGAUAUGCAAACUUGGAAAACGGUCAUCAUGAAGGAAAACAACAUUAAUACAGAAGUUUUUGAUUACUUGGAGCGCAAGCUAAAAGAUCCACUAAUCGAUGCUGACCGAAUAGAUUUGACAAACUUGGUGACAUUCACCAUCGACCCACCAAACGCCGCCGACAAAGACGACGCUGUUUCAUGUGAAUUAAUAAACGGGAUUUACCGUGUGGGCGUUCAUAUAGCCGAUGUCAGCGCUUACGUCAUAAAAGAUUCUGAGUUGGAUCGGGAUCUUUCGGCUCGGGGCACUUCUGUGUAUCUGCAGAACGAGACGGUGCCCAUGCUGCCGUCUGAACUGGUAGAGAAAUGUUCGCUUCUUCCCGGAAAGGACCGGCGCACGAUAUCAGUAAUUUUCGAUAUCGCACCGGAAGGAACCAUAACAGAACGAUUGGAAUUUAAAAAAUCACGGAUUCGCAGUCGCGCAGACCUGACGUACCAAGAGGCACAGAACAUCAUCGACGAAGAACCGAACGAACGACCAAUUGACAUCCAGACAAGCGUUCGGAAUUUGAAGACGGUUACCGACGUUCUAAAAAAAGUUCGUCAGGAAAAAGAUCACCCUAUAAGAAUUGACGGAUGUAAAUCGGUGCAAUUGUUGGAGUUUGAAUCGACUGCGGAAGUAGGGCAUUUUUUAUUAUCGCCAAAACCCCAGUAUGAUAGCCAGGAGAUUAUAGCUGAACUGGCCCUACUGACCAACCGCAAGGCAGCAGGAAAAAUUUUCGAGAAAUACCCCAACCAAUGCUUGCUGCGACGCCACGCGGAGCCGUUUGCGGAUGGACUGCAGCUUGCUGCCAAACACUGCACUAUGGUGGAAGAGCUGGGAUUCAAAAGCGGUGGUGAUCCGCUCUCGCGAAAUGACGUUUGUGCGUUACUGAUGAAGUGCCGACCUUCUCCUGAUGAUCCUUAUCCGACCGUAAAUGUUGCAUUCAAAGCCAUGGUCAUCAAAGCAAUGCAAGCCGCUCAGUAUGUUAAUCCCGCAGAGGACGACAGCUCUCAUUACGCUCUUGGUAUGAAAUAUUAUGCGCAUAUGACGUCCCCUAUUCGCCGCUAUGCCGACAUUGUUGUGCAUCGCAUGCUGCUUGGACAGACAUACAGCCGUCAGGAGCUUCGACGCAUUAUUAACCGCUGCAAUGACCGCAAAGAGGCCGCAAAACGCUGCGCUGAUGACAACUGGAAUCUCUACAUGGGUCACCAUAUAAAGCAGAAUUUAGAAUUCGCCCAGGAAUUGCAUCAUGCGGUGAUCACCGGCAUCCUUCCGGCUGAGUUUGCCGUGGAGGUUUUCGUCAUGGAUUUUGCGAUACGUAAAAAGAUCUAUUUGUCGCCAAGUAAAGAUAAACGCAUCGACAGCUGUGUGCACACACUGUCGAAUGGUGUUCCAAGGCGGAACCAGUUCAUUAUUACGUGGAAACAACCGAUGGAACAACGACGGGGAAACAACCCAGAAACCCUGGGAGUGUGGGACGUGGUGAGCGUUCGGUUCAAGGCAUCAGCGGAGAUCGAUCCCCGCGAAUUCUCGCUCGUUUUCGUGGGAAAGAAAGAUGAACACUAGACCAAGAAGAUGUAGUUCUUGAAAGCCCAUUCACCAAUCUUUUUCAUCGUUCAAAAUUGCUGAAUGUUUGACCUCAUGAUUAACGUGUGACCAAUUUUGUACAAGUUCUUCAUAGAUUGUACCUUUUUUGAGAUUCGAAGUCGUUUUGCUAGAGGGUUCUCUUUCUAUUUAAUGUUGUAAUGUUUCAUAUCAGCGCAAUGCAAUGAUAUGUUCUUACUGUAAUGGUGCGUAGUGCGUUCUUUAACAAUCAAUACAUUUACUUGUUCAGAACCGCUGAUUAAAAUACAACGGAAA